CACAGUUCUCCUCCCUCCUGCUAUUUUAUUUCCAACUCAGACACUUAGAAUUUCACAUUGCUCUGAGAAGUAGCAAGAGAAGGGGCUGAGAGGAGAUUGAUUUCUACCAAUACCUUAAAGGAAAAAAAAAAAAAUCUGUGUCAUAAGUUCAGGUUGCUGGAGAUCCUGCUAGGAAAUUUCUUGAAGCGGCCUUCCAAUUCUUACGUGGUCCCUGCCAACUCCUGACAAGGCUCAAGGAUGGAGCGAUCAACACAAGAGCUUUUCCUCAACUUCAUGAUUGUGCUAAUCACUGUUCUGCUGAUGUGGCUGCUUGUGAAAUCUUACCAAGAAUAAAUGGAGGACUCAAUGUCAAUGUUUCCAGUCCCUUCAGUGCUGAUGUGAUCCCUAGGCUCCUUUAGCACUGAAGGGCUUUGUAAAUAUCCCUGAGACACAGCUUAGACACCUAAACAUCCAAGAGCGUCCCACCACUCUGCUCAGUCACAAGCUCAUUAUCUCCUUGUGGACUUAAGAAGAAUUAGAACCAUACUUGCAACUUGUUCAUACACAGAUUUAAUUUUCUAGAUCUACGCAAACUUCUGUUGCUAAAAAUUACUAUCAGCGCUCUGUGUCUUCUUAUUCAUUGUGUUUUUACAAAAAUGUGUAAUAAAAUGGUGUCUUAAUUCAUCCCUCAAAAAUCAAUGUGAAACAUGAUCGGGCACAACGAGGUUUCAGCUGAGUACAAUAAAAAUUGAAACAAUU